AUGAUGUCUCUGGUCACAUUUUCCCUUCCAGGCUAUAUUGGCGUGGUUAACAGGAGUCAGAGGGAUAUCGAAGGCAAAAAGGAUAUUGCCACUGCCCUUGCCGCUGAAAGAAAGUUUUUCCUGGGCCAUCCGGCCUAUCGUCAUAUGGCCGAUCGCAUGGGCACCCCCUACUUGCAAAGAGUGCUGAAUCAACAGCUGACUAACCACAUUAGGGACACCCUGCCCGGUCUACGCAACAAACUGCAGUCUCAGUUACUCUCAAUGGAAAAAGAAGUGGAGGAGUAUAAGCACCUUCGUCCUUCUGACUCGUCUUUUAAAACAAAGGCACUCCUUCUUGCGGUACAGAGCUUCGAGAUAGAGUUCACACAGUCCAUUGAUGGUUCUGGCGCAGAAAUAGACACGAAGACCCUUUCUGGUGGAGCUCUCAUCAAUCGGAUCUUCCAUGAGCGGUUCCCAUACGCUUUGGCCGCAGUAAGUUAG